AUGGCAGGAGGCCUUCUCCUGCUCGCGGGUGUCUUCAUAAGGUACGAUGAGCAUGUUGCUCGACUUCCAACCCAAUUCCGACAAUUCACCAAGCACAACCCUCCUUCCAUCACGAAGUCAUUGCAGUGCACGAUGCCAUUGACAGAAGAGAGCAUCGUCUGGUCAGACUUCGCAUACGUCCAGUAUGUGACAAAUUCGAACUACCUGUGCAACUCUCUCAUGAUCUUUGAGGCGCUCAGACGACAUGGGACGAGAGCCGACCUUCUCAUGUUGUAUCCACAGAAGUGGAAGGUGCCCAAAGACGUACUCGAUGACGACGCACAUCCAACCGAUUAUGAAGGCAAGCUGCUUGCCCAAGCUCGGGACCAGUAUCACGCAAAGCUGAAUCCUAUCCAAGUAAGGACGUAUGUCAAUGAGAAGGAUGCGACGUGGCAAGACAGCUACACGAAACUGUUAGCAUGGAAUCAGACUCAGUACAAGCGCGUGAUUUCUUUAGACUCGGACGCGACGCUCUUGAAUGUACGUACCUAUCCCCGUCGACAAGCGAAGCUGUCGCUUGCUGUAAUGACCGGUGUUGACGAUCAGUAG